AUGACAACCAAGUCCAACUUCAAGCGGGCUGUGCCCCAGACGCAGCAGUCCGUCCUCGCGUCUUUGAGAACCACGCAGUUGGUCAACGACGAUUCGAAAGCUGUACUACCAGCCGAGCUCAUCAAUGCCAUCCUCGAUUACCUACCUGUCGCCGAUAUGUUCAGCUUCGCACGCACCUCGAGACGCAUGCGCGAGAUGGUGUACGAUGACACCAGGUGGAUACAAAGACUUAGAAGCAUGGGCUGCUGGAAUGAGGCCGAAGCAAAGCGCAGGUUUGAUGAAUCGAUGCGCAAGAAACUAGAGGCACAAAGAGCAGAGGAGGCCCGUAGAUCUGGCGUUGCGCUCAACGGUAGCACCAACGGGAUGCCCCCAGGUGACGGUAUACCCGGAAAGACAAGCAUGACGCUUUUUGAUGCCACGAUAGAGGAGGACAUGCUGCGGAAGUCGCAAGAACACAGAAAUAGACCACGAUCUACUACACUGGACAGGGGCUUCAAUGACAUGACCCUGUCAUCUUCCGGAACGUUGGCCCCAAGCUCGUACACUGUGGACCCGCAGGCGGCUGUGAAAGUUCUGUCAAAUGUGCGUUCUAUCAGAGGCAUGGCACGACAAGAGUAUGGAAAGGUCUACGGCGCACUGGCCCCAUUUUAUUAUGACUUGGAGCGGUCAAGAAGCCACACGGAUCCUGUACUCUUUCGGGCUUAUCGCGAUCCCGAACAACAAGCUCAAAUGCUGGCGCAGCUCAAGAUUUUUGCAAAGAGCGAUUACGCACAAGGUUGGAGUCAGCGGGAAGAGAAGCUAGACACCAUGACUGGCAUUUUUGAAAACGCUGUGCUCAGAGAAUUCGAGCAAGGCUAUGCAGAGAAAGACUUCGAUGGACGUAUGAAGAGAUUUGCUACUGUCUUGGUGGCUCUGAACGGAGGCGCGGCAUGUUUAGACUCUUUUAUUCACAACCACCCAUUGAUGUUGGAAAAGGAGAAGCUCGGUGACCCUGCAGAUUGCCUCCGCAACGAGGUUCUGACACUGGAACCAUCUCAUGAGUUCUUCAGAGGACUGGCGAGUGCACUUAACGAAGAGGCGGGCAUCAUCGACCGUGUCUUCCCUCCUGCGGUCGACGUACUACAAACCUUUUUCGAGCGUGUUGCGGACGAUGUCAUUGCCGAAUACAUCACAACUUUGUUCGACGAGGCUCACGAUAUAAGCAUUGAAGCGUAUCUCAAAGCGGUUGCGGGGGUUUAUGAGCAAGCAUUGCAACUAGCAGUUUCUUUGCAUCCUACCAAAGCAUCCAAGCCAGAUUUUGGGGAAGAGGCAAUGCGUAUUGUGUCUCGUUGCUUCGAGCAGCACAUCGACCUUUAUCUACAGGAGGAAUUAGAUUAUUUUAAACGAAAAUCGGCUGCAGAGGUCGACCUUUGGGAGAAGCGGCUGAUGGAGGAAGAGCAAAGCACGGAAACUCUGUAUAUGGCGAACGUCAACCGGAAAGCUGUCAAACAGGACUUUUUGUCGUCGUUCAAGAAGGUGGUCAUGAUGCCUGUCAAUGUACUCCCCACUAUUGGCGGGUCAAGUACUAGCAAGCCCUCCGAGAACAUAUCUGGAGUGAAUGGCAGUACUACUUUGGAGCCUACCUCAAGGAUUGGUACCCCAGCUCCGGGCGAUCGGUCGCCUACACCGCGAAUCGAAGCUCCGACGACCGAGCUUGCUGCCAAAGCAGCAAUCAUGAAUUCUCGGCUGGAAGGCAUCCGAUCGCUUUUCAGCAUUGAGGUGGCUCUGAAUCUGACACAUAUGGCUAAGUCUGGAUUAGAACGAGCUGCACGAUUUGUGAGACUUGGUGGCCAGUCUGGUGAAGAGGCAAAGGAGCAAUCUGAGCAGAUUUUCAUCAACCUUGUCCAGAUCCUGGGCAACCGUCAUAUGAAGUUGGGCUUUGAUAAGGCUGUCAGCCAUUUAGCUGACUACAAGCCGCGAGAGGUAGCGGAUCAUAGUAAAGAGGGUGUUGCACCGCUAGUAGCCUUCUUGGAGCUUGUCAACGUUGGCGACUUGAUCCAGCAGAUGGUUGAAGUAUUCUACCUCCAAGAGCUUGUCGCAGCUAACCUCACGGACCGUGACGACUUCCUCAGUCUUGCUGCCAAGGAGAAAAAGCGGUUCGAAGCCAUGUUGGAUGAACGGGUUGCUGCAGGUCUCAACAAGGGUAUUGAUGUGCUAAUGGACGAAGUGGAGUAUCUCUGUGGUACUACUCAACACCCGUCCGACUUCAAUCCCCCUGUUGGACCCAAUGGCCAGGUGCAGAUGUCUGAUAUCGGACCUAGCCAGACGGCUACAAAGAUUGUGGAGGUGGUGUCGUCACAUACAAACAUGCUCAUCGGUAGCACGGACAAGAAUGUCCUGGAUGUUUUCAAUCAAGAAGUGGGUGUGCGCUUGUUCACUGCUCUCUGCAAGCACUUGAAACGCCAGAGAGUUAGUGUGGAUGGCGCCAUCAAACUCAUCAGCGACAUGAACGCUUACAAUGCUUACAUCGUCUCACUACGCAACAAGCCUCUCAUGCAAUACUUCGCCGCGCUUCGCGAACUCUCUCAGAUAUAUCUCAUCGACGCAAAGGAAGCUAAGGAGAUUGCUACGAUUAUCGCAGACACGGAUCGAUAUCAUGGGAUAUUUCGAGCAGAGGAAGUAUACGAGUUUGCGGAACGAAGAGCGGAUUGGUACCAGAUCAAGAGUGCUGUGGAGAAGCAGAUGUACGGACGUCGCUUCUCGCUGACUGGACCCCGCUACGUCGGAACUACCGUUUUGAGGCGCCCGACCCAACUCGGCUGCACCUUCGCUGGCUGUCUCUCACCUCUUGAAGGUUAUACCGCAACCACUAUUGCUGGUCGCCAAGUGAGAGACUGGCCACUCGCCCGCCAUACGCGACACUUGAUAUACAUCUCCUACGCCUGCAUCACACAUCCCACUUUUGGUUCCAAGCCGCUGGUACCAGCUUGUGUUUGUUUGCACGACAUAGCCACCACGGAGGUCGGAGCUGGAUCUGAGCUCCGCGAGCCCCUCCCUGCCGCAGUGCAAGCUUCCUACUCGGUCAUCAUCGAUGAGAUCCUACGCGCCAGCGACAUCAACACCAUCUCUGCAAAGCGCAUACGGAAGGGUCUUCAGGAAAGAGUCGAGGAUGACCUUUCGCAGCAGAAGGAGCAAAUCACCACGCUCAUUAUGCAGCGCUUCGACAAGUUCAACAACGAGCAGAACGGCGGCUCCGAGGUUUCUGAACCCAUACCUACUGUCGAGAACGGCGCGAAGGCCUCCAACGACGACACCUCCGACGUCUCCCACAACAAGCGAUCGCCGCGCGAUGACGAGUCAGUGCUCUCUGAGGUUGAAGAUGUUGCACCUCCCAAGAAGAAGGUCAAGAAAACCAAAGUCAAAGAGGAGGAUGACGAUGCAGCUUUCGCGGCGAGAUUACAGGCUGAGGAGAACGCGCGCAUGGGCAGGGCGACACGCGGUGGGAACACAAAGCGGAAGGCACCUGCGCCAAAGAAGACCAAAACUAAGAAAAAGAGCUCUACCCGCAUCAAAGACGAGGAUGACAGCGACAUCGCAUCAGGGAGUGGGGGCGAGAAGAAGAGCCCAAGCCGAAAAGGUGGAUUCCACAAACCUAUGGCUCUUUCUCCAGCCCUUUCUGAACUCCUAGGUGAAACACAGCUCUCGCGUCCACAAACCGUCAAGAAGAUUUGGGAGUACGUCAAAGAGCGCGACUUGCAAGACCCAGCCGACAAGCGCCAGAUUCGAUGCGACGACGCCAUGCGCGCAGUCUUCAAACAGGACCGCGUUCACAUGUUCACCAUGAACAAGAUCCUCAACCAGAAUCUGUACGCCGUCGACGAAGUCAUCUCCACAUAG